AUGGAAAAAUGGGAAAAGAAGAGAAAUGUAGAGACUAGAGAAGAAAAAAGAAGAAAAGGAGAGGAAAAGAGAAAGGAGACAAAAAGUAAAAAAGAAAAGAAGGAAGGCAAGAAUAUCAAGAGAAUAAGAAAUGAGAGCAAAGAAAGAAGAAAAAAACACAAAAAAGAGGACCAAGAAAAGCAAGAAAGGAGAAAAAAGACGAUAAAGGAUAAGAAAAGGAGAGAAAGGACAAAUGAAAAAAGGGACAGAAAAGAAAGAAAGAAAAAUAAAGAAGAGAAAAAACUAGAAACGAGAAGUAAGGCAAAAAAGAGAGAAAAGACAGAAAGAAAGAAAGGAGAUAAAUGGAGAAAAGAGAUAAAGGAAAGAAGUGAAAAAAAGGAGAAGAAAAUCAAAGAAAAAAUAACAAAAAAAGAGACGAAAAGAAAAGGAAAGAAAAGAUACUUAGGAGAACGGAGAGCAUCUAAAAUUUACAACAGUUCAGCUGAAAAGUUUACAAUCAAUUUUUAACAAGUGAGAAAUUUUUAAAUGGGGUCUCUGUAAGAAAGUGGUGGUUAUCAGAAAAUUUUUCAAGAGCAGUCAGUACUCAAAGCAAAAAAAAAUAAGAAACAAUUAAAUUUUUAAAAAUGUUUAAAGAGAGCAAUUGAAACUCGUGAAAGUUUAUCAAUAUAAAACAUUGGUUAGAAUGACAUUAAACUUGAGACUUUUGGUAAAACAUUGCCACAAGCAUUUUUUAAACAAUUGAAAUAUUGACAGUGACAAGUUUCACUGCUUGUGGCUUCAAAAACCCUCGAUAACCUAGAAAGGUUCUGCUGAA